UUUGCUUUGACCCUUCAUUAUUUUUCGGUUUAGCCAUUUCUGCUCAGCGCCGCUGCUCCGGAGCGCAGCGGCCUCCGUGUUCUCCAGCGGGCCACCAUGGCGCAGGCGGCCCCGGCCAACAACGCCUUCGACGCCGGAAACUCUCAGAUGCAGGUGGAGCACGACAGAAAGCGUCGGCAGUUUGUUAUAAGACUGAAUGGAUCUCACGAUCGGGCAGUUCUCCUGUACGAAUAUGUUGGAAAAAAGACGGUGGAUUUGCAACACACCGAGGUUCCAGACGCUUACAGAGGGAGAGGAAUCGCCAAGCACCUGGCCAAGGCAGCCAUGGAUUUUGUGGUGGAAGAGGAUCUGAAAGCCCACCUGACCUGCUGGUACAUUCAGAAAUAUGUCAAAGAGAAUCCUCAGCCUCAGUACUUUGAACACAUUUAUCAAUGACCCCACGCAGCCGCGGCAGAGAAGGAGAAAGAGACUCCCAGGAAAUAAAAACAAUGUGGUGGCGACAGCAGCAGCAGCAUGUUUUGCAGUUACAGGCUGAUACACAAUUAAGGACCUUCCAGGCAAAUUGAGUGAAUCCAGAGACAGCGGAUCACACGGCGAAGACGUCUGUGCGCUGAACAAUAAGUCUACGGUUAUGUCCAUAAUGUGGGGAAGCAGAUUCACCAGAAACAGGAAGUGAAUCCGCUGGUCGUGAUGUGCAAACUAAUCAACAAAAACCAAAGCCUGUUACCUCAGACGGAAACCUCCAGGUUGUAAAACCAUCAAUGACACUAAGCAAGCGUUGGGUAUUUUAUGAGAACAUGUGAAAAAUAUAUUGAAAAUCUUCUGUCCUGCUUUGGACUCACUGGUUGUGAACAUUACUAUGAAGAUGGACCAACCCGCUGUCUUUCUCUGUGAUGACUCGGGUGGAAGCAGUGAUGGCUUCGCUGACGCUCAGAUGAUGACGACUUUUUAUAAUUCAACUCCCUUUUGAUAUUCUUUGAGUUUGUUAUUUUUUAUUUCCAUUUGUGUUUUUUAAACUUGUGUCUCUAUGAGCUGAAAUGCUAAUGUAAUAGGUUUUGAAUACUAAACACAUUUUAAAACAUCAAGCUAUUAUGAUUUCUAUUUUUCUAUGUUACUGCAAAAAAAGGUAUACUACAUUUUGUCGGUAAUGGGUAAUUAAAAAAAAAUAUAUAAUCUGUAUUUUGAAAACAUUUAUUUCGCAAAUUUUCAAUUUAGUUCCAGUGCUACUCUGUCCACUUCCAUUCUUCCCAGCAACAGACACUUACUGUCCACAGUCAAAAGUGCAUGACAUAGUAAACCAAAGAACACAAUGUGAGGAUGUCUAGUGCUGCAGGUAAAACCAUCUACUCCAUUGUACGUGUUAAAUGUCUCACACACUCAUGACAAAUUAGGUCUGAAGCUUGUCACUAUGCAGCACAACACUUGAGUGUUUUUGGGUCAAUAUCUCUGCUGAAACCAGCAUUUCACAAACAGCAGUGCUAUAUAUUCAGGGCAUUUACAUUCUGCAGUGUGGUUGAGGCUUUUUGUUUUCUCCUCAUUUAAACAGUUAUUUUUAAUGAUGGUCAAGGCAACAAUUUACUGACAAACAAUGGUUCACCGUUGUUUCCCGUUUCACGGCUCCUCUGGAGUUUUGUUUGCAGUUGACAAUCUUAAGUGUUAAUGAGAAAAAAUACCUCAGGUUACUUAACACACACUGGCAGGACGAAUAUCAACGUGCGAUGCAGACUAUCUGCUUUAAUAAGGAAAAACUUUCCCUUUGUAAAAGUUUAUUUUAGGUGGCACACACCUAUUGAUUGGCUAAGGUAUUCAAACCAUUCUUUCGUUUUGUAGUUCCGUUUAUAUUUGUUGUUUUCUUGAAAGUCAGAUGCUGAUUAAACAGUUUUGAGCGGGUGGUUCUUUCAAAUGAGCAUGUGUUGGAUGUACCAAUUCUCUUUAUUGUUUUGUGCUUAGCAAUUUUCUUUUCUGUUAUUGUUGUGUGUAAAUAAAUACAUCUAAUACUCA